AUGGCGAGCCGCGACCCAGACGUGGGGGCGGUGUUGGGCCCCAGCGCCACGCUGCUGCGAUUGCAAGGCCUCUGGACCCCACCAGGGGGCGGCCGCACCGCUGCCACCGCCUUCGCUGCCGCUGUCUCGCUGGCACUCACGUGCGGGCUGGUCACCAUGUCCCUCCUCAAGCUACUGAUGGAUCGUCCACGAGAACUCGAGGAGCUAGUCGCAUGCAUCUUCAAUGUGACAAUGCACGGCGAAAUGUUGAUCAAGGGGAUCACGAGCGUAACAGCGGUUAUUUGGGUGGCUUCCCCGCUGGUUCAUCUGGUCGUCAACAUGGACACUGAGGUCUCUUCCGGAAAUCCUCGGCCACUGCCGCUGCCUGCCUGGUUACCACUGGACAUCUACGCAUCUCCCACAUAUGAGCUACUCUACAUGAUGCAAGUUCUGUGCCUAAUAGUCCCGUCUGUAGCCACUGUAUCCUCUGACUGCGUCUUUAUUGACCUGAUGCUGAGGGUUGCUGCCGAGUUAGAGAUUCUGAACGACAACAUUUCUAGUUUGCGUAAAAUGAAAGUUUCAGCAAAAUCCAACGAGUACAUGUCAAGCAGUUUGGCCUCCGAUUUUGAGGUGCAUCUACAGCUUUCGAAGAAUGUCAAGCACCACCAGGCAAUUCUUAGGUUUGUAUAA